AUGAGCCGCCUCUUGGGCUCAUGCCGGAAAGCCCUCAAACAGCUGGUGGAGGGGGAGAUCCCCCACGUCCAGCCGCUUCUGCAGAACUGCUUCCUGCAGUUCCUGCAGAUCCAGGACAGCGCUGCAUUUCGGAGGGCGAAGCUCAUUCAACGAGUGAUGAGGAUGCGCGCCAGUACCGAGAAGCAGCAAAUUCUCCAUGUCUUGUCGGAUUGGAGCCAACGCGCGCUCCUGACGAGACAGAGGAAGUCAUUUCUUUCGAACGAGUUUGAUCUCGUGAAAGAAGAAGUGCAGCAGUCGUGGCCAAAGGCGGCUGUGGGACGGAUCUGGAACCGUCUGGUUCCAAACAUCCUUCGCUAUGUGAGCCAGCUCAAGGAGCUUACAGCGAAAGUCGAGAAGGACGAUGCAAGCGAUGCAUCAACAAGUGCAGAGAGCAGGGGCGAAGAGUCCACAAAGGCUGGUGAUGCGUUGCCGGUGCCCGUGACGCCUGUGCCUGUGGCACCUGUGGAUAGCCGUCGUCGCUGGGUGGACGUCUCCACCGACAGCGAGGAUGAUCUGUGGUCACCGGCGCUUCCUGGCGUGGCGUCUCUCGACUGCAGAGCAUAUGAUUGGGCCACGACUAUGCGAUCUCUCUCGGGUCUGACCGGGACUGCAGUCACCAAGGAUCUGAGCGCCGUCGGUGCCCCAACACGGGCCUGGAAGAGUAACAGUCUAGGCCCGUUUGGCGGCGGAAAAGUGAACACCGCAACAUCAGAAGUGCCAGAAGCGUAUCUGUAUAUCGCUGCUUGUUGCAACAGCCACUGA